CUGCAUUCGGCAAAUCUCAGCGCACACACACACAUACACACAGCCCAAGAUGGAGUUUGUACAAGACUACGCCGCGCUCCUCCCGCGCCUCCUCCCGCCGUCCUUUGCGAACCCGCUCCUCCACGUCGUCACCACUUUCCUCGGCGUCUCGCGCACCCUCUCCACACACCUGUCCCCGCUGCUCAACAAACUCAUGACGCAGCCCGACGUAGCCUCCAUCGUCGCCCUGCUCUUCAUCUUCUUCAUCUCGCUCAAAAUCCUUGACAUGAUGUACCGCGCCGUGCUCUUCUGGAUCAAUCUCGCCAUCCGCCUCGUCUUCUGGGGCGGCAUCCUCGUCGUCGGCCUGUGGAUCUGGAAUCGCGGGCCCGACGGCUUCGUCGACGAUAUCAGCGGAUUGAUCGAGUACUGGAUGCACGAGUACGAGCGCUACAGUGGCGAGAUUAGAGAGUUUCAGAUGCAAAAGGAAAGCCAGAUUAGGUUCAAGGCGGGGCAGCAGCAACAGCAACAGCAACAGCAGAAGAGGGGUUGGCGGUGAGGACACAUGUUUGCAUAAUGUCUUGUUAUGAUUGCAUGUCAUAAGUGUGUUUGUAGCUUUUUUUUUGGAUAACACACACUUUUCG